AUGAACUUCGUCACCAACCUCAUCGAAGAGUUCGCCGAGAAGAAACUCCACUCUGGCUCUGGCGCAGGCUCGCAGCCGCAGUCACAGUACCAACAAUCAUAUCAGCAGCAGGGCGGCGGAGGGUACAGCAAUGCUGGCAGUGCGCCACGAGUGCCGCCGCCGUGGGUGGCGCGCUGGGAUGAGCCCGCCCAGCGAUGGAUAUACAUAAAUGAGGCAACGGGUGAACGUACCUUCGAGUAUCCAGGGGGCGGUGGGCAAGGUGGAUAUUAUGGGGGUGGCGGAGGUUCACGGGAGGAAUAUUAUGGAGGAGGGGGUGCAUAUGGAGGUCAAGGUGGAUACGGCGGGCAAGGCGGGUACGGGGGUCAAGGCGGAUACGGAGGAGAGAGCUACGAGCAGUCCAGUCGAAAUUCUGGGGGAGGUGGACAUAGUGGGCUCAUGUACGGCGCUGCAGGCGCAGCGGCGGGGCUCGCGGGUGGUGUGUUACUCGACCACGAGGCGCACAACGUCGAGAACGACUGGGAUCGUGACAAGUAUCGCGUAGAGAACGAUGUUGAAAACUUCCCGGACAACGCAGCGCGAUGGACGGGCGACAAGGUCGGAGAGGUGGAGGACAUACCGCAAGAUGUUGCCUACGACUACGACAGGGCGAAGUACGGCGCCGAGAACACGUUCGAUAACGGGAUUCGGGACGUGGAAGACAUCCCUCAGGAUAUCGGGCGCGGCGUCGAUGAUGCCGCUGGGUGGGUAGGAGAUGGCGUGGGUGAUGUCGAGAGGUUCGAUAAUGGGAUAGAGAACUCUUAUGACCAGGGCAGAGAUGAGGCACGGUAUGACUACUGAGCGGGAUGAUGUCUAGUCGGGCGUACUUGUACUACGUUAGCUGUUGUGUACAUGAAACGAACAUGUUUCCAUG